AUGUCGAUAAUGUCGAUAAUUGACAAAUGGUUCACAAGAAGGUGGGCCAAAAUAAACGAAUCGAUAUGGACAAGGUUAUUUAUUUUAACAUCAGUCAUGCAAACUAUAUUAGUUAUAGUAUUAGAAACUCGGGUAUUUGAACGAAAUAAUUCGAUAAGAUUAUAUGUUAAAAGUUUUCAAAACAUCGGUGAUAUAACAUGUAAAUUUGAUUCUGCUGAACAACGAAUGUUACGUAUCGAACAAGAAAAUUUUAUUUUUAUAAUUUUUCAGCUUUAUCAAUUGUGGUUUUGUUUUAAUGCGAUUUUUGCACAAAAUACGAUACAACUUUUCGCAAUAACGAUUGUGAACACUAUUUGUUCAGUAUAUAGUUUUGUUCAAAUUGCGGAGGUUAAAAUUUGGUACACAGACUUGAACAAUUCUUGUUCACAAAAGUUCACAAAACAAACAAACACAAAGUUAUACGAUUUACCUUUAAUAAUAACUCUAGUUACAUUUUUAUUACUUAUGGGAUUUCUUGCAUUUAAAUUAUAUCAACAAUUUGGAUGGAAAAUUUAUAAAAAGAUCGGUGGAAGUCCCAAAAUACAAACGAUAUACCGAAGACAACUCAUUCUUGUGAUCUUACUUAAAGUUGAUCUGAUCUUUCUUCUAUUAUUUGCCAUUGAAUCCUGGAUGACAUUCGCCUUGGAGACUAAAACAAGCCAACUAGAACAUCUUUAUUAUGUUCCAAGAAUAAUUUAUUAUUUUCAUAGGAUUGCAACAUUUUUAAUUAUUAUCUUGGAGAUUAUUGCAUAUCGAAGUAUAAAAAAUGAAUGGAGAUGUGGAAUGUUGAUUUUCAUAUUUCUAUGGAUGGCAGUGAUAGUUAAUUUAAUCUUGGUAUUAAUAUUUUCCAUUCGAACUGCAGAAGACAGUUGGUAUUUCCUCAUAGUUUUUGUUAGUGUUUCCAUCGUAAUAUCAACUAUCACCUGGGUGUAUAGCAUACUUGUUACCAAAGACUUUGGGAGCGAAUUAAAAAAAAUUCUAAUACAAUACAAAGAAAAAUCCUCCCGGGUUACAAUAGAUGAUGGAUCCGAAUCGCCGAGACGUAUUUCUAUUGAUUAG